UUUCCAUUCAGUCUGUUGAGGCAGCAGCAGCAGCAGUGUUGUAUGUGGAUCAUUGGCCAGAGGACAGCAGCAGCAGCAGCAGCAGGAGGAGGAUACAUCCCAGAACCAAACUGCCUGAGCAACAUGGUCGUUGUGAGGAUCGCGGCUUGCCUCUGUCUGCUAGUGGGCGUUUCGCUCCAGGUGGACGUGAAAAGUGGCAAAGAGGCAGGAAAAGCCGGGAAUUUCAUGGAAGAUGAGCAAUGGCUGUCCACCAUCUCCCAGUACAGCCGGAAGAUCAAGCACUGGAAUCGCUUCAGAGACGAAGUCGAGGAUGACUACAUCAAAAACAUGGAGGAGAACACUGGUUCUGAUGAAACCGUGGACACCACCAAGGACCCGUGCCAGAAUGUGAAGUGCAGCCGCCAUAAGGUGUGCGUUGCUCAGGGCUACCAGAGGGCCAUGUGUGUCAAUCGCAAGAAACUGGAGCAAAGAGUCAAACAGUCGGGGCAGCUGGAGGCUCAUGAAAGCAGCUGCAAGCCUUGUCCUGUGGUUGCUUCUUCACCUGUGUGCGGCUCUGAUGGACACAACUACGCUUCAGAGUGUAAGUUGGAGCAGCAGGCCUGCCUCACAGGCAAAGACCUGAGCAUCAUGUGUUCUGGAUUCUGCCCCUGCGCCACGACUCCUGUUACCGUCACAAACGCUGACACCAAACGUGGAAACUGCACUGGCCAGGACCUGGCAGACCUGGGUGACCGCCUCAGAGACUGGUUCCAACUCCUUCAUGGCAACGCAAAGCAGAAUAACUCUGGCAAACCUGGAGCUGGCACCGCUUCCGUGCUGGACAAGAGUCUGGUCGCCAGCUGCAAGGACUCCAUCGGCUGGAUGUUCUCGAGGCUGGACACCAACGGCGACCUGUAUCUGGACCAAGCUGAGCUGGCUGCCAUUAAUCUGGACAAGUAUGAAGUCUGCAUCCGACCCUUCUUCAACUCCUGCGACAGCUACAAGGAUGGGAAGGUGUCUACGGCGGAGUGGUGCCUCUGCUUCUGGAGAGAAAAGCCGCCGUGCCUCGCUGAGCUGGAGAGGAUCCAAGUGCAGGAGGCGGCCAAGAAGAAGCCUGGGAUGUACAUUCCCAGCUGCGACGAGGACGGCUACUACAGGAAAGUGCAGUGCGACCAGAGCCGAGGGGAAUGUUGGUGCGUCGACCAGCACGGCGGGGAGAUGAUGGGCACCAGAAUCCAUGGCAACCCCGACUGUGAUGAAGUGGCGGGUUAUUCUGGAGAUUUUGGGAGCGGAGUGGGAUGGGAGGACGAAGAGGAAAAGGAGGCAGAGGAGAACGGGGAGGAGGCGGAGGAGGAGGAAGAGGAGGAGGGCGAGGCAGACGACGGAGGAUACAUCUGGUAGGACUGUCUGAGCCCCCACAGGAGAGCACAGCUGCUGGCCUGAACAUCUGCAGGCACGGGUAGCUCUCUCCUCAAAGCUAAAGAUUUUGGGAUCGGACUGGGGAGGCAUGGAAGAGUCCUGGUGGGAUGUGUAGUGCUGGGGCAGGUCCAGCGAUGACAUGAUGACCAGUUUUUUUCGUCUUAGAUAUGUGUAAUUGCUUCAUUCUAUUCUCUGUUUUUUGAGCAACAGAGCUUUUUUGUUUGUUUGUUUUGCCGUCCUGUAAAAAAAGCGGGACCCACUGACUACUGCGCCGUAGGUAGCUAAAGUCCAUCAGAAUUCCCAUCUAUGCAUAUAGAGAUUACCAGUAAUUUUGUAUUGUGUGAACAGUUGCUUGAGUAUUAGAGAUGCCGCCCCACUGGAACGACUAGAGGUCAGAAAUCAGCAAAUGGUUCGACAUUUUUGGCAAAUAGGCUCGUUUGUUUUUGUGUAGAAGGUGAGAUAAGAGGAUCAAUACCACACUUAAAGACUAGAAAUGGGGAAAUAGCUGCAGGAACAUCUUCAGCUCAACAUCUGAUAUGCUGUUUGUUUGAUUUGCACAAAAAACAAAGUGUAAAAAUGCCAAACCGCAUUGUUUAAAAGUGUUUAAAAGCCAGGCUAUACGGUGCAAGUGAGAGAAACAAUCAGGCACAUGACACCUGUCAAAAUGGAACGAGACAUUUUUAUACUUUUUUUGUAUAAAUGAAACAAGAAUGAUAUAAUUACUACAGUGCGGUGGAGCAUUUAGCAGCUUAAGAGCCAGAUAAUUCCCUCAGGAGCUGAUGGAAACCAACUAAAAAGAGAGUGAAUAUUGGAGUUACAGUCGCCAGAAACACAAUAAUGAUGAAUAAUAAUCUUGCAUUGCUCUGUUUACUCUGUCAGCUGCUUACGUUGUGCUCACAUCUUGUUUUUACAGCCCCAACUGGCCAAAAAAAAAUGAAGUUAUUUCAUGGUGAUAAAUGGCUUCUCGGUGUAGAUCAAAUAAGCAUAUUUGCCAAAACGUCAAACUAUUCCUUUCAAAGCAGUUCAGCACAAUGUGGUUCCGUAUUUCAAAGGCGAUUAUGUACAUAAAUCCGGUGUAAAUGAACUGCGAGGGUUUCAGGUUACUAUGGUUUCGAGCGACCUUUAUGACAACCGCAGCUCAUAGCAGUUUUUAAAUCGUACAUGUUUUAUGAAUUAAGACACACACACAGCUAUAUACAGGACCUGCAUUUCUAGUCGGAUUACUUUUGUGGAAAAAAGAAAAACCCGUAGAAUGUACUGUAACGACACCAACUGCACCCACUGUAGAAACCACGAGCUGCCGUCCUCCGCUAACUCUCAUGUCAGAGAAUGUGCCAUGUUACUUUCUGCGUUUGCAACUUGAAAUUCUGUAUUUUGUGUUUAUACAUAUAAAUAUAUAUAUAAAAAAGGUGUGCAUUACUUGAAGUUCUGUGUGUAUACUUGAACAUUUUUGUUUUUCUAUGAGAAUAUCGUCGUCUUCAUCCAUGCUAUCGAUAGGCCCGGACAUUUUGUUUGUUUUUAGUAUUGCAUGUUAGUAAUUAAGAAUGUACUUCUAGGCUGAGCACUUUACUAAUAAAGGCACUGGAGCCAAGUUGUAUGUUGA